AUGAUUCAUCCAUGUGUUUCAGCAGCAUCAACUACUGAUAAUGAUGAUAAUAAUACGUCACCCUCUUUAAUCGACAUCCAUGUGGACGUCGAGGAAUUUUCCCCUAUGCCGGUUCCUUCGUUAACACAAAGUAGUGUUGACUUUGAUGGUGCCCCCAACUUGUCUUCCUUCUCCCUUUCUCAAUAUUCUUCCAUUAUUGCAUUUCCACCAUCUGAAAUCAACAUGACACAACCAUCAAACAACAACCACCACCCGAGAUUUCGGCCGACCGUCGUCCUGGCAGCAAUAACGGGCUUCAUAAUAAGUAUCAUAAUAACAACUACACUGUUGGGGGCCUUCCUGCUUGUCAUUAACAAGAAAGGAAAAACGAAUAGAAAUAUUCCUCUUGAGUGCGAAAUAAUCAUUUCAGUUUCAAAGGAUGGACGUAAGUCCAACUUUACAACUGUGACUGAUGCGGUGAAAGCAUCCCCAAAUUACAGCCAGCUCAGAGUGUGCAUCCACAUCGGAGAAGGCGAAUACAACGAAAUAGUCACGAUUGGUCACGAAAAAACCAAUCUCGUUUUGAUUGGAGAAGGAAUUGGGAAAACAACUCUAUCUUCAAAUGCAUCCAACAAAUAUGGAUCAUCGGCCGCUGCAACAUUAAGAGUAAUCGGGGGUGAGUUCUUGGCUCAAGACAUGACCAUCAGAAAUGGAGGACUACAUAAUGGAGUUGCGGUUGAUAGCUCGGGCCGAGCUUCGGUCUUUUUCAGAUGUAAACUACAGGGAGCCGCUGAUGUGACUCUGAGUAUAGAUGGGGAUCUACAUUUCUACCGCGAAUGCCAUUUUUAUGGUAAAAAGAAUUUGGUUGUGGGAUUGGCUCGUGCAUUCUUCCAGAAAUGCCAGUUUUACCUUGAGAAAUCACAUCCACAAGGAAAGAUUGUGUUCUUCAGUCAAUCUUCUCAUAUUUCAGCAUACAAAUUCGGCUUCGUAUUUCACCUUUGUGAAUUUUACGUCCUCAAUAAAUCAGAAACAGAAGUAGAAACAGCUUUCAUAGGGAGUUCGUUGGGAAAUUAUACAUUUUACGUAAUUAUGGAGUCAUACUUGGAUCCAACUGUAACUGGAUACUUCCUUGGUACACCUCCGAACGUUACCUACUAUGCCACUUUUCGCAACGUAGGACCCGGUGCAACAAAGGCGAAUGUACCACAAUUUGUCCAUGUACUCGGAAGUGUGGAGGCUGCUUCCCAUUAUUCCUUGAGACGGUUUCUACUCGGAGAUAAUUGGAUAACCAAAGCGGUUGACUACGAUUUAGAUAUAGUGGAAUGA